AUGUCAUUAUUGCCAAAAUGUUCAAAAUAUGAUCCUGAUACUAAAAGAAACCACUAUAUUGAUAAUUCUUUUAACUUAACAAACCCAUACUCAACAAUAUUUACACCAAACCCAUUAUCUCCUACACCCUUAAUACCAGUACAACAAACUCUAUCUUCUUUUAUUCCUUUAUCACCAUUAUCUUCAUCAAGACUUCAUACAAAUCACUUACCUGACUUCUCUUUUAACUUAAACAUUGCAACUUAUAAUAUCCAAGGCUUUAAUAAUCCAGAAAAGAAGCUCUUAAUGGAAGAAUAUU